AUGUAUAGUCGUAGAGAUCUUAAAGAGUUUGAAAAUCAGAGUACUUCUGCAUACAGAGAUCGUAGUCCAAUAAGUGACAAUAGAUACACCGCAGCUGCCACAACUACAACUAACAACCACUAUUUAUCUACAACUACACCUAACACUAGUUAUUAUUCAAUGUCAACUACCAUGUACUCUAGUAGUAGUAGUCGUACGUCAACUCUUGGAGCCGGUUUGGUUAAACAAGAAUGGGAUAUUACAAAAUUACCAAAAUUUGAAAAAAAUUUUUAUCGUGAACAUUCUAAUAUUUCAUUAAGAUCAGAGACGGAAGUUGAUGAAUAUCGUAGAAAGCAUGAAAUGAAAGUUUUUGGUAAAAAUAUUCCAAAACCCGUAGAAACUUUUGACGAAGCAAAUUUUCCUGCAUAUGUUUUAAAAGAAGUGUUAAACCUUGGUUUUAAAGCACCAACUCCUAUUCAAUCUCAAGGAUGGCCAAUGGCUCUUACUGGUCGUGAUGUAGUCGGUAUUGCUGAAACUGGAUCUGGUAAGACUUUGGCCUAUUGUUUACCAGCAAUUGUUCAUAUCAAUGCUCAACCCUUCCUUGAACCUGGUGAUGGACCAAUAGUAUUAAUUUUGGCUCCUACACGUGAAUUGGCAAUUCAGAUCCAACAAGAGUGUACAAAAUUUGGAAGAUCGUCAAGAAUUAAGAAUACAUGCGUUUAUGGUGGUGUUCCGAAAGGUCCUCAAGCACGUGAAUUGUCUGCUGGUGUGGAAGUUUGUAUAGCAACUCCUGGUCGUCUAAUAGACAUGUUAGAAACUAGAAAAACUAAUCUUCGUCGAGUUACAUACCUUGUACUUGAUGAAGCUGAUCGUAUGUUAGAUAUGGGAUUUGAGCCUCAAAUUCGUAAAAUAGUUGAUCAAAUUAGACCUGAUAGACAAACUCUUAUGUGGAGUGCUACAUGGCCUAAAGAGGUCAAACGACUUGCAGACGAUUAUUUAAAUGAUUUUAUUCAGGUUAAUAUAGGUUCAAUGGAUUUAUCUGCAAGUCACAACAUCACACAAACUGUUGAAGUCUGUUCUGAAUAUGAGAAAUGUGCAAAAUUGGUAAAGCAUCUUGAAUUUAUUAUAGAUCAAAAGGAUAAUAAAACAUUAAUUUUUACUGGUACUAAACGUACGGCAGAUGAGAUCACUAAAUAUUUACGUCAAGAUGGUUGGCCAGCUCUUGCAAUUCAUGGAGACAAGGCACAGACCGAACGUGAUUGGGUGUUGAGUGAAUUUCGUACUGGAAGAUCUCCUAUAAUGGUUGCUACAGAUGUUGCAUCUAGGGGAAUUGAUGUUAAAGAUAUUAAACUCGUCAUCAAUUAUGAUUUUCCUACAAAUGUUGAGGAUUAUGUUCACCGAAUUGGUAGAACAGGACGUGGUGGUGCAAAAGGUUUAGCUAUUACAUUUUUCACAAUGGAUAAUGCCAGACAGGCCAAAGAUUUGUAA